UGUACUUAUAAACACGCGUGUGUAGCAAAUUAUAAUAAUAAUAACUUCAGUGCAGCCGUUUUUCGCUUUUUAUACUCUGGGCUAUCCAGCGCGUGCACAACAAUAACAAUAAACAUAUUAAUAAUAAUAAUAAUAAAUAAAUAAAAUGCGUCGUUACUCGUGUCAAUGUCAGCACUCAAUAUCGCACUCUCGUGUAUUCUACGUGCGCACUCGUGUUGAGGGAAAAAAGGGCAAAAGAAGUGGCGGAAAAUAAAUACGGAAAAGAAAUUGAAAUUGUAAAAAAUUGAACGAGCGUUACACCAAGAAGUGCGAGAAAAGACUGCAAAAAUACAUACGUAUAUAUAUAUAUGUAUAGCAUGUGCUCGACGCAUAAACAUUAAUCAACACAUACCAACGAAUUAAUCACAAGAGGAAAAUUAUACCCAAAAACAACAACAAAAUGCAUAACGUUAUAACAGCGCUGCACAAAAUUGCCUUAAAUAUACAACAACAACUGAUCACCUUUAUCAGCCCCACGGCAGCUACGUUCAACGCCUGCGAUAGAAAAGAGUUCUACCAACUCGUAACACCAGCCGCGCAAGAAAUUUGCCAACUCGCGGACACGCCGAGAUGGAAGCAGCUGCAUAUACUAUGCGCACAUUAUUAUACACUCCUCAUGCACCAGUUGUGGCCCACACUCUUACUCUACCUACAGCACUGCCAAGAUGUCUAUCAAAUCACACUUCAAUAUUGCGAGGAGUCUAGCACGCGCCUAGAGCAAUGGACCACUGUACUUGUCAAUGAUCAGAUUUUCAUGUUUGCGAUCAAAUUUUGCCUACUACUGCUCUUCCUCUUCCUCAUGCAUUGGAUUAAAUCAGCAAAAGCGCCUGCAACUCCAACGGUUGCUACUGCAGGAGUGGCGGGUGCGAACACGGCGUCUAAUAUGCACAUACCUACCAUCAUUACUGAUGAACGCAUUGAAAUUAUGGAAGUGGAUGGUGUUGCUCGUAAAGCUACUUUCACAAUAGAUACACCGACAACGCCGGGAUCGUGCAUAACACCCGCUGUGACGCGUGAUUUGGUGUGUGAUUUCAAUUUCGUUUCACCGUCAGAGUUGCGCGCUGCGCUGGAGGCCGCCAAUCAGCGGAUGCUUGAGAUUGAGGAAAAGCGUCGCCGUAAACGCAUUACCAAAAAACGGAAAUGUGUUUCGGCGGGUCCGAUAUUGAUUGCGAUUCGUACGAAAAAGAAGCAUAAACAUAAGAAAGUCCAGGAGAUGUUGGAUUUGAAGCAGCAGCAGUUAAUACAUCAGCAGCAGUUGGAACUCUUGACACCUCCCAAUACAUCGCCGGUGCGUCCAGUUUAUCUGCUGGGGAAUAAAGAUGAAGAUGACUUUUUGCCCAUACGCAUGGAACCGUUGGCUGUGGGUGGUGCUGCCUAUGAAAUCGAAGUGGAUGCGGAAACGGAAGCGGAAAUUGUAUCUUUAAUGUGUGUUUCCGAGCCUCGUGGUACUAUGAGCACUACCGAGGAAAUUUAUCCCGAUUCACCGGAUAGCAGUCUAUACGGCUCGGAUGAAGAGCAAGAAGAUCCAGCGCAAUAUUGUCGUGGCGGUUAUCAUCCGGUAAUUAUAGGCGAUAUAUUUGACAAUCGUUUUCGUGUUGUACGCAAACUUGGUUGGGGACACUUUUCCACCGUUUGGUUAUGCAGGGAUCUCAAAGAUGAAAAAUACGUAGCAUUAAAGGUGGUGAAAAGUGCACAGCAUUAUAUCGAGACGGCUGCCGAUGAGAUACGUCUGCUGGAGGCAAUACGUGAUGCCGAUCCACUCGAUGUGAAACGUGAACGUAUCGUGCGACUGCUCAAUCACUUUACGAUACGUGGCGUUAAUGGCAAACAUUAUUGUUUGGUUUUCGAAGCGCUCGGUUGUAGUUUAUAUAAAUUGAUUGUUAAGAAUAACUAUCAAGGUUUGACCAUAAGUCAAGUGCGCAAUAUAAUCAAACAAGUAUUGGAGGGUUUAGAUUAUUUACAUACGAAAUGUAGUAUUAUACAUACGGAUAUUAAACCGGAGAAUAUAUUAUUGGUGAUCGAUAAUGAGUCGGUGGUGAAUCAACAAAUUGAUGAUGAAAUUGCAAGUUUGCGCGUGAAAGGUGCAGAUUUUCCAGAUUCGUAUAUUAGUUCCAUUGAGAAACAGGCGAAGAGUCGCAAUAAAUGGCCACUUAUCGAUACGAAUGCCUCAACAACAACAAAUAGCACGGGCACAGCUAAUAAUUCCUCGACAUCAUCCACACCAUUGCCAACAACUGCCGUAUCCGCUUUGGCAAUGACCAGUGGCGCAACUAUCUCAGCACUUAGCAAGGAUGACACCAACGCCACCAUAAAUACUAAUACAACAGCAUCAUCGUUGGCGUCUAAAUAUUCAACGAGUUUGAUUGGCGAAAAUGAUAGUUUAGGCGGCGUCGGACGUACUGGCACAGAUAGUCCAUCAAUAGGCGGCAGUACAAAUUAUGGGACUACGGGCAAUAUGAACAAUCGUUUUCGUGCCGAGAAAAAACUUACUGCCAAGUCAAUCGAUGGUGAUGGCAAUAUUGGUGACACAAAAAUCACCACCACAACAACAACAACAACAACAACAACAACAUCAAUUACUACUACUACAACUACUACUACUACCACCGAAGCAAUCAAUGGCAUCGAAAUAUUAAGUUUAUUAAGUACAAAAAGUGACAAAGUCGACGUAAAUAAUGCGUUGCCGCCUCAAAUUACUCUAAACAACACCACCACCAUCAACACCACCCAAGCACAACAAACAGCAUUACACAAUCAACAACAACAACAACAACAACAACAACAACAACAAGAAAAACAACAACAGCAAGAACAACAACAAAUACUAGCACCACAAGCAACCACAUUACAAGCACCUUCACUAGUUUUACCGACACAAGCACAAUCACCAUUAAAACAACACCAACAGCAACAAGUAACAACACAAAAUAACAACGAAGAUGUUAAAAAUAGCAAAAAUGCCGAUACCGAAAAGACCCAGUCCUACACGAAUGCCAUACAAGCGUUGAUUAACAAUACAAAUGUACGUGUUAAAAUUGCGGAUUUGGGAAAUGCCUGCUAUGAUUAUCAUCAUUUCACCGAAGACAUACAAACGCGUCAGUAUCGCUCUAUAGAAGUUUUGCUUGGUGCACCGUAUAACUUCACCGCCGAUAUCUGGAGCACUGCUUGUCUCGCAUUCGAAUUGGCAACCGGUGAUUAUCUCUUCGAUCCACAUUCAGGUGAGAAUUACUCACGCGAUGAGGAUCAUUUAGCGCACAUAAUUGAAUUAUUAGGCGCAAUACCACCGUCCGUCAUAUUGCGUGGCAAGCAUGGGCUCAAGUACUUCACUAGUUAUGGUAGCUUACGAAAUAUUACGAAAUUGAAACCAUGGAGUCUAUUGAAUGUACUGAUCGAAAAAUACGACUGGGAUCCUAUUGAAGCGAAAAAAUUCUCUGAUUUUCUACUACCGAUGCUUGAAUACAAUCCUGUUAUACGUGCUUCAGCAGCCGAAUGUCUAAAUCAUCCCUGGCUUGAGCAGGAGGAGUUCGUUUGAAAGGUGGCCAUAUUCGUUUCGCUUGUUUACUGACUGAUUGCUUAAAGCUGAAACGAACGCAUCUUAUACGCACAUCGAGAGAGUUACACACAUUUAAUGGGAAAUAAAGUUGAUGACAGGGCUGAGAGAGACUUGCAAAUUCUCAUAUUAUUAUUUAAGCGUUAAGAAUUUACAUACAUACAUACAAAUACAUAAAUAUAUGAAAUAAUGUAAUGUGAAACUUACAAAAUAGUGAUUAAAAAGAAUUUUUUUAAUAUUAAAUAAACAAAGUGAAAUUAAAAUUAAAGUAAAUUCAAAAGUUUAGAAUA